AUGAGCAGCCCCGAAGCUGCCGCCGCAAGAGACGAAUUCUACGAGGACCUGCACGUCCUCUUGGGAACUGUGUCGAAGGCGGACAAGUUGAUUAUCCUUGGUGACUUCAAUGCCCGCGUCGGCACAGACCAUGCUGCUUGGAGAGGAGUGCUGGGUCCCCACGGUCUCCGCGGCUCAAACGACAAUGGCCUGCUGCUCCUCCGCACCUGCGCAGAACACCGCCUUAUCCUGACAAACACGUUCUUCUGUCUGCCGGAGCGAGAGAAGGCCACCUGGAGGCAUCCUCGGUCGCGUCAGUGGCACCUGCUGGACUAUGUCCUCGUCUGGAGGCGAGAUCAGCGGGACGUGCUGGUGAAGAAGGGAAUCGCGGGUGCUGACGGGUGGACCGACCAUCGCUUCGCCACCUCGAAGAUGCCUAUUCGCCUAAAACCUCGCAGGAUACCACAAGGUAAACGACCCCCAGGUAAGCUGAAUGUUGCCUUGUUGUCUUUGCCCGCUCACCAUCUCCAUUUCAGCAACGAGCUGGCUCAACGGCUGAACAACCUUCCGCUUGCUGCCUUCGCCGACGCCGCCGAAGGCGAAUAUCAUGGGUGUCUUUAA